UCGUUAUGCAUGAUGCAUGGCAUCAUAUCCUAUCACCACACAAACUCUCUAUCCGCUCAUAUGCCCCACUACAAACCAAGUGACAUCUAAAGAAAUGUCUGAAUCAUAAUUCUUUGAUAGAUGUCUUGACAAGCCAUUAUAGGACUCGCCAUAGUUCUACCUUCUAUUCACAUCUUUCAUUUCUAUUCUAUUCAAUCAUGGACUCUACAUCUCGCAUCCCGUCUGCUUCGAAAGAAGAACUUGUGAAGGAAUAUGUGGGCAAAUCACUACAUGAUGUACCUUGUCCUGCAGUUGUACUUGAUAUAUCGAAAUUGAGGAAGAACUGUACCGAUAUGCUUGAGACUGUAGACUCCUUAAAGUGCGGUUGGAGAGCCCAUAUCAAAACCCAUAAGACAACGGAAUUGACAAGAUUGCAAGUUGGAGAUGGACCUGGACCAGCCAACAUCGUCGUUUCAACGGUUGUAGAGGCGGAGAAUAUCGUCCCUCUACUCCUCGAGUACAAAAGUGAGGGAAGGCAUGUCAAUAUACUUUAUAGCUUUCCCCUUACUUCAGGCGUAGUCGACCGAUUAUCAAAAGUUUCUACAGCUCUUGGUCCCAAUGGUAUAUCUCUCAUGAUCGACCACCCAUCGCAACUUCGCUCUGUCGCUGCCAUCCAUGAGAAAACGAACAUACCGCCUCUCGUGUUCAUUAAAAUAGACAUGGGAGGCCACCGAGCUGGUGUAAUCCCCGGCACAGAAACGUGCUCUCAAUUAAUUUCCUCUGUCAUGAAUCUCGCCAAGCGUAAUAUAUGCAUUUUUCACGGACUAUAUUCUCAUGCUGGACACUCCUAUUCCUCGAACUCGCAAACUGCAGCUCUUGACUAUCUUCGCCAAGAAUUUGAAGCCCUCCUCAUUACAUCUGAAGAUGUUCAUUCGGUAGCUGCUACCAAAAUUCCUCUCGUGCUUUCUGUAGGGGCUACUCCAACUUCUAGUGCUAUUCGUAAUCUUCUCUUAUCAUCAGCUUCUUCCGAGGAAUUAAACGAGAUCUCUGCUCUGAAGGCUACCAUGGAAGCCAUUCGUGAUGUGGGCUGUGAGAUUGAAAUACAUGCUGGAGUGUACCCAAUGCUCGACAUGCAACAGUUAGCUACCCAUGCAUUGCCAGAAGAUGUACUUAGUUGGUCUUCCGUAGCCAUCACAAUCCUCGCAGAAAUCGCUUCACUCUACCCCCCACGGGGCACAUCUGAUUCCCCCGAAGCCCUUAUCACGGCUGGCUCCCUUGCUAUUGGUCGUGAACCUUGCAAGGCAUAUCCUGGCUGGGGCAUUCUCUCGCCGUGGAACCGCACUUCUUUUGCCUUGCCAAACACGGGUCCUGAAGGUUAUUCUGGUUGGCAAGUUUCGCGAAUCUCGCAAGAACACGGAAUACUUACUAACCCAGGAAAAAACGACUCGGAACUCUCCAUUGGCCAAAAAGUUCGCAUCUGGCCUAAUCACGCAUGUAUUGCUGGGGCAGGAUAUGGAUGGUAUCUAAUUGUAGACGAGAGUCGAACGGGAAAAGAAGAAGAGAUUAUUGAUGUUUGGGUAAGAUGGCGAGGAUGGUAGAGCGAAAUUCUGAAGCGCAGUCUUAGAAGAGGAGAUUUAGCUUUGUCAUGAAUCUCAUUGUGCACAUAUUCUAGAAUCGAAGGUAUUAUAUCUUAAUCU